AUGGCGGCCUUGCGCACGGUCAACAACCGUGCCGCUCUGCGCGAACACACACACCUCUUGCCGUUAAGGCCAAACGUGACGCGUUGGAGCUCCACGUUCGAGAUGGUAGCUCGCUACGUCCGUUUUCGGGACGACAUCAAGCAUGUAGAGUCCGUGUUCGACCUCAUUCCCAAGGCGGCAAUGCAUCGACGCAUUGAGGCGCUUCUAAAAGAUCUACGUGUCUUCCAGAGUGUAACUCUGAAGCUACAGCUAGAGGACGUGACGUUAGCCGAUGUACGAGCUUUGUUUGACUCCAUCACCGAGCGCUUCCCAACGACCAAGGCUAAGUUGAGUGCGUCUGCUACUAUCGUCCAUUUUCCUACUUUUGAAGCAGCCGCGGUGAAGGUCAUUAAUGGAGAUGGAACCGCUCGCAACGCCACUCGACGUGAAGCCUAA